AUGCACACUGAUUGGGUGAACGAUAUUGUUGUUUGCGACCGUGGUCAAUGUGUCAUCUCCGCGUCGUCUGACCGUGCCAUAAAACUAUGGAGACCUCACAGCACUGCCUCAACCAACGCUCACACCAUCGGAUGGCAUACCGACUAUGUCAAAUGUCUAGCUAAUGCCUCAAAAGCUGGUUGGGUGGCUAGUGCAGGUUUCGAUAAAGAUAUCAAGAUUUGGGAUCUCGAACGUUGCGCUGCCUCAUUGAGCAUUGGAGCAGGUGCGCUUGAACCUAACAGUGAUAUUGUCGAAGACAUUAGUAAGUCGAUAAAAAGAUAUUGGCGCUGUGCGAGUUCAAAGUCAUCCAUUUACGCUAUGGCUGUCAAUCCUUCGGGUUCAUUGCUUGCCACCGGUUCACCAGAAAAGGUGGUCCGAUUGUGGGAUCCACGUUCCGGUAAACGCAUAAGCAAACUAACCGGCCAUACGGACAACAUUAGGGCCUUGCUAGUUAGCCAUGACGGGAAGCACAUCCUGUCUGGCUCUUCGGAUUCAACCAUCAAACUAUGGUCUGUUAAGGCUCAGCGUUGUUUAGCGACGUACGAAACCCACACAGACUCGGUGUGGUCUCUUUUCUCGCAACACCCCGACCUCAAAGUAUUCUACGCAGGUUCACGCGACGGUUUAGUCACAAAGACCGAAUUAGGAGACACGGAUGUGUUUGGAUCCGAAGAAAGUGAAUGCGUGGGGUUAUUCAAGGAGAAAUCCGGUGUAGUAAAGAUUGUGGCCCUUGACGACACAUUUGUAUGGACGGCAACAUCGAGCGCAAGCAUCAAUCGAUGGUUGUCUAUUCCCUCUCGAGAGCAUCGUCAGCAUUUGACAAUCUCGGAUUAUAACCCGAAUAUUCCAUCCGUUGCCACGAUGAAAUUGCCUGCUUCGAAGCCGCCAUUCUCGAACCAAAUGCCUGAUUACUUUAUUGGAAAUGAUAACUUGACCAUGUAUGCUGGAUCCGUGAUGUCCAUUCCUAUCAGUUAUCACGAUGAAGAUCCCGAAUCCGCGGGGUCGAUCCAGCCUUUGCGUGACACACCUGACUAUGUGAUUCCAGGCAAAGCGGGUAUUACUGCCCAUCUCGUGCUACAUAAUCGAAGACACGUCCUAACGCAAGAUAAUAACGGAGAAGCCAUUACUGUGCAGUUGCACCAAUAUAAUUGUUUUGACUGUGAAAUGUAUGCGGAUGAGGCUGGAUUACCAGAAAACUAUGAAAUUCGAGAAGAUCAACGAAUCAAUCUCGGAAAGUGGGUUUUGGCCAACCUUUUCUCGAAAUUUGUGGAUGCAGAAAUGGCCUUGGCGGAACAAGGGGUUAUUCGAUUUGAGGAGGCGUCGGACCAGAAGAAUAAAAGAACAGAAUCGGUCCGAAGUAAAUCGGUCCAGCUGGCAAGACCUGUUUACCCGGAAGCACCGAAAACCUCGACGAGUUCCGUGGAUAUCCAGAAUGGACCGAAAGAUACAUCUCUGAAGAGUAUCAGCAGGAGUCAAGGGCCUCCUCCACUCAAACUCCCACUUUCAGCUAUCACUACCGAUACGGACGACUCACCAUUUUAUCCAGAUGCACAGUCACCGCAGAAGAACAGCAUGUUUCAGGGCCCAUUCACAGCUCCCCCGACUACCAACCAUCAGUUUGAUUACUUUUCUGGAGCACACCAUCCUGUUAAACAGGACUCUGUUGUACAGCCACCGCCUCCAGCUGCACUUCCGACUUUGCCCACAUCCCCAACCAAUUCCACCUUCAUCAAUAGACUCAAAAAUCUAUCUGUCAAAGCAAAGUUGUCACGCAUCCCUACUUCGGAGGAUGGCUUGGACAAUACAGAUAUAGAUCAUCACAAGCAAAGCAGGAGCCAUAGUACGGUAAAGUCUUCAAUUGCUUUUGCGACUACUAAAACCUCACGGCCGUCCGAAGCUGCGACAGAUACUUCGGAAGAGACUUAUACCCCUCCAUCAUUAGACGAAUUCCCGCCAUUGACCAUUCCAUCUGAUACAACCAUCAUUAUUGCAGAACAAAGCGCGGAAGCAUCUACCGACAUGAAUCUUUACCGGGGCACAGUCGGCACCGUAGGAGAGGAUGCGGAUGUGAUAAUCAAACUUGCUCCUGCCUGGCUUUUGCACUAUCUACUAUACAAUAAGAUCCCAAACAAGGAGGUGGUGAAGUUGACGUUUAUUCUGAAGCCCAUGGAAGGAUCUGUCCUGCAAAUGUUACCUGGCGGGUAA